AUGGUGAAUGUUCCUGAGACCUGCCAGACAUUCUUCAAGAAAUGUGGCAAGCACCACCCCCACAAAGUGACACAGUACAAGAAGGGUAAGGAUUCUUUGUCUGCCCAGGGAAAGCGGCGCUAUGACAGGAAACAGAGCAGUUAUGGUGGGCAGACUAAGCCUAUUUUCGGCAAAAAGGAUAAAACUACAAAGAUGAUUGUGCUGAGACUUGAGUGUGUUGAGCCCAACUGCAGAUCAAAGAGGAUGCUGGCUAUUAAGAGAUGCAGGCACUUUGAACUGGGAAGCAAUAAGAAGAGAAAGGGCCAGGUGAUCCAGUUCUAA